AGUGCUCUCGCACGCUGCAUCGGCGGCUUAGGAAUUCUGUCGGACAAAUCGGAUUUCUUGAUUCGGCAUGUUUACCUCGCAUGAUCACUACCGCCUGUCUCUCCCCCCAUGGUUUGGAAAUGGAUGUGGGUAUUUUCUUGAUAAGUGCGACGAGCGAUGGUAGGCAUAUAGCAUUACUCCCCCUAGGUAUCACACCAAUGGGGCAAUAUUUGGCAUACUUUGCAGUGCUUUGCGCAUUUCUAGCCAGCUCGAGUGUGCAAAUUCAUGCCCUCUCCCCGCACUAUUCUGCAUGCCAAUUACAACAGAAUGCGGAAACCUCUCCCUUGACUGGAUGCCCAAAUGGAACACUGUUUGUGUCGGCCAUAGAUAGCAGAGCAAGUUUGUAAAACUGUCCAAGCUACUGUGGAGUCCCUGUGGGCCAGAGACGGGCGACGCAAUAAUUCUA